AAAGCCCCAAAAAGAUGAAGGACAGUUCUGCCAAGGUUCAUCAUCGUCUUUACUCAAAUUUAACAGACUGAAAAUAAACAGCGAGUUCCUACCAACCAACUGUGACAAGCUAGGUGGUUUCUCCUGGGUGAAGUUUAGAUCUAGGUUUAAUCCAAAUACCACGUAUGUUUCUCCAUCGAUUUCAAUACUUCUUUAAUUCCCUCUACAUCAUUUGUACAUCAUUAGCUCCUGGAUCAUACCUAGCGGGCACAGACGUCAAUCAGAUGUCUUAUGGACGUCUUAACAAGGUCGCGACAUCUCAGACCAAACUAGGACGUCCUAGAGACGUCCGGUAAAGACGUCAUUGGUAGAACGUCCUUGUGACGUCUACAUUAGGACAGACGUCCUAUUGACGUCCCAAAGACCAAAUUUAGACGUUCUAAUUACCUUAAAAACAAAACUUAGCACAUAAAAAAUUAUGCGCUGUCUCGGUAAAUUAACACGUUCACGCCGGCGUGUACCACUGUCACGAUAAUUUUGGCCCGCCGAUAAAAAUGACCCCGGACUAAAUUUCUCAGAAAAUAUAUAUCCGGCCGGAUAAAUUUUUUCUGAAAAAAUUGGUCUGAGCUAGAAAAAAUUGGUCCGUGUGUGUGGCAUGUGCGCAUAUAUCUUUUAAAUUAUCAUGGAAGAAGACCUUGUUCAAAAAGUUUUUACUUAUUUAAGAAAAAAAGCAAUACCCUGAUGGAAGUCUAGAAGGCGAAAAAAGAGUCAUUAGAAAAAAAGCCUUAAAGUUUAUGAUUUCGGAAGGUGGGGAAUUACUAUAUAAGUAUAAAAAGAAAGACAAGGAACUAUUUCUGCGAUACAUCAUAAAUCAUGAUGAGAGAAGAAAAAUAUUAGUAGCUUGCCAUGUUCAUCCUACUUCUGGCCAUAUGGGUAAAACAAGGACAUUAGGCAGGGUAAAAGAGCGUUUCAUGUGGCACGGAAUGGCAAAAAAUGUCCAUGAGUUGCUUAUAUCAUGUGAUGUAUGCCAGAGAAUGAAUAGAAAGUUAAACUGUGGAAAACCAGAGAUGCACCCAAUAAAGGUAAAAGCUGCAUGGUAUAUGGUUGGCAUAGAUUUUAUUGGCCCACUCAGUCCAAUUAGUGAAAAUGGUUGUAAAUGCAUUUUAACUAUUAAUGACUAUUUUUCAAAGUGGGUUGAAGUAAUAGCCACUAAAGACAAAAUGGCAGUUACAGUGGCAGAAUGUCUGUUCAAGGUUAUUACAUUUUUAUUUCUGUCGUUGUUUUAGCAUCCUUGCUAAAUGCUACCUUUCUGGGUAUCAAGUUUUUGGGUCCAAAUAGUUUGCAUCUUUACAUUCUAUAUUUCCAAACAACCUUAAAAUUCCCUGAUAAUCUCAACUUAAUACACUGAUUUU